GUCGGCACUCGGCGAGUGGCGACGGUGUUUUAACAUUUUUGUGUGCCAGACGUGCCACUGUGCCAGUGCACUAGCGCCGCCGCUCCUGCCAGCCAAUACUCAUAGUAUUUUGGUAUUCGUACGUCGUUCCGUCGGCCGGUGUUACCGGUGUGUGUGCUGUGUAGACGUGUAGUUUAGGUGAACGUUAUUUUUUUUUUUUUUUAUCUAUUCUCAGUUUUAAUUUUUUCUCGUCUUUAAAAACUAAGUACCUACCGAAAAUGAAUCAGCUCGGCGAGUCGAAGCUGUUCGGGGCGACCCGACGGUCUACGCGACAGUAGGCUAGGCUGCCACUACCUACCUACCAAUGGAAAUAAUAAAAUACCUGUAUUGAAACCAUCAAAUCGACCACCGGCCACAUAGCGGAGCAAUAACGAUAAUUACCACCAGGGUCGAACAUAGUAUUAUAAUGGACAGUUCGGAAUACGAAUCGGUGAGAAACGAAACGCUGCUGUUCUUUUUCGAAAAAUUGGUGGACAAGGGCACUCCACGAUCCCUGCACGACCUAAGUUGCCAAUUUGGCUCGAAGGGAUUUACCAAAGAGAUGCGACAAAUCGCUGGCGGAUCUCAGUCAGGCCUAAAGAAGUUCCUGUCACAGCACCCGUCGUUAUUCACUUUGGACGGAGACCUAGUUGCCGCAUCUCAGCUAUUUGCACCUGUACAAUCAGAAACUAACUAUAACAACAAAGCCGUACAUUAUUUUAAAGAUAAGUUGUUAAAAUAUGGGGUUGGAACUGAAGUACCGAUUCGAUGCCUACUUGGACACCGUUCUCAAGCUCCACCAGAAAUCCGAUUAAUAUCUGGUCUACACAUAAAAGAAUUCAGAGACUUUCUGAUGAAAUAUCCUGAUGUGUUUACUGUGGGUGAAGACACCAUUAUACUAACUGAGUAUGCAGGACUGGAGCGUAAAAUGUAUGAUGACAGCGACCAACGUGAAGCAAAAAUUGAUCCAGAAAUUACAAAACGUCUUUUAGCAUUUUGUGUGCAAUGCUUGGAAUGCAAAGGACCGAUGUUAACUGAUCAAAUGUUCCAUAGUAUUUCCUUGCGUUUUACAGAAAAUACUUGGUCACCGAUUUUUAAAACUCCAUCAGAUUUGUUUACAUUUUUGAAAAUGUAUCCUGAACAGUUUAAUACACAAUCCAAUUUAAUAACGUUGACCAAAAAUGGUCCUAAACCAGAAGUUAAAAUCGUUAGAAUUCCUACAGAAGUUGUACCAUUAACUCCGCCUAUGUCUCCGCCACUACCCAAACCAAUACCAAACAAUAAUCAAUCCCUUAAACAAAGAAUUAACAAUUUGGUUAUGAAAACGAUUGCAGACAACACUGAGCGAAAUAACAAAAUACCAAAUGGUUAUGAUGAUAGUGAUGCAUGGAAAGGAAAAAUGUUGAACAAUAUCAAAGUAAUUACAAGUACUAAAGAAUGUUCAAAUAUUGUCGACAGAAUUUUGGCACAAAAGUCAGCUAUUGGUAUAGAUUUUGAAGGUCUAUAUAUUGGAGCUAAUGGUCAAUUGACCUUAAUGCAAGUAGUAAAUGAAGAUGGAUCAUGUUUUAUAUUUGAUUUGAUUGCUUGUCCACAAUUAAUUAAAAGUGGAUUACAAAGUCUACUAGAAAGUGAAGAAAUACCUAAGGUGAUCAAUGAUUGUCGAAAUGAAAGUUUGAACCUGUACAACCAGUUUGGCAUUGCAAUGAAAAACGUGUUCGAUAUUCAGGCUGCCAUUGCUAUUAUUCAAUUUCAAGAAACUGGACAACCGGUUUAUAAGGCAAAAAAUCUUAGUCUAAAUGCCAUAUGUGAAAUGUAUGGUUUGCCAAUAAACUCAUCCAAGGAUCAAUUGAGAACUCAAAAUAAAAAAGAUUCAAGGUAUUGGAUACGGAGGCCAUUAUCUAAGGAUAUGCUUGCUUACGCUGCCAGUGACGUACUAACUCUCAUGCCUAAAUUAUAUAAAAUUUUAUCUGCUCAAAUUCAUCCAUCCAAUACUAAACUGUUCGAAGAAUUAUGUGAAGAACAAGCAUUUUUGUACAUUUCCCCAGAUAAUGUUCAAAAGCGCAAGCACCAGCGUAAAAUUGAUAACGAAUUGCAAGUUCUUAAAGAGAAAUUGUCUACUGAUAAUGGCAAAAAUGUCGUUCUCAGUAACAGAGAAUUGAGAUUAUUAAGGCAUUUGGAAUUAACUGAAGAAGAUAAAGAAAAGUUAAAAGGAUCCACAAAGGUUGCAAAAAAGUUAGAAAAGAUGGAAGGAAAAAAUAUGAAAUAUAAUGGAGAGGACUGUGAUUCUAAUGAGUUCCUCAGUCUAGACAGCAAUAUCAGUGGUAAAUCAACAUCAUCAGAUAAUUCUGCAUCUGGGGAAUUCCAGUCUAUUGCGUCUGAACAACCGCUAAGCCUUACUGAAACUAUGGAAAGGUUGGAUGAUGUAUUAUCUGAUAAACUUAUGGAUCGUUUGGAAAAAAUUGAGCGUCUAGAGUCAUUGUUGACAAUGGCCAUGGAUGCAGAGCCAGACCAAACAGAUAGUUUAAAUACUUCACCUAUGAGUUGCAAAUGCACGUGCCGUUUUGCUACAGACACUGUUGACAUGUCUACUCAAACUGAACCACUAUAAUCCACUAUUGUUGGAAACAAAAGGAGAGAAAUACUUUGGGUUUAUUAUUUAGAUUUUUUAAAUCUUAUGCCCAGCCAUGGCCUUUGAGCCUUAUUGCUUAGUUUACGACCAGGUUUCAUAUUGCUUUUGAUUAAUGUAAAAAGUGGUAUUGGAAAAUCUGGGUCUGUGUAUAUAAUAUCUAUAGAGAAACUAAUUAACAGGGUUGAGUCUGUACAAUAUCCGUCCAUAAUAUUAUUAUACCUGUUAUAUUUUGUGUCACGAUAUAGCAAAGGUUAUAAAUAAUAUUCAAAAUUUGACAGCAAUAAAAAGAAAAUCCGCAAGGCGGUUAGACAUAUUAGACUGAAAAAUAUUAUAUUUUUAUUAAAUUUGCGCUAGCAUCACGACGUGCCUAUUUAGAUUUUAGAAAAAUUAAUUAUAGUUGACUUUGUUUGCUCAAACAGUAUUAACCUAAACUAUAGUAUUGCAUUGUGAAGUCCAUGUAUUAAAAUAAAUAACAUGAACGUAUGUAUGAAUUAUCAUGGAGUGGAAGGUAUGGUGUGUAUACCUGUUAGAGAUUUAAAAAUGAAUGCAUGGUGUUUGAAAGUAGACAUUUUACUAUACUACACCUAUUUAACUUGAGUAACGCAAGCAUGUACAUUGUACUUGUUUUCUGGGAGGGGAGGGGGUUAGUUAAUCAUAACAAAAAUGAAUUACAAAUUAAAUGUUCCAUUAUAUAAGUAAAAAAUGAUUUUGGGUAGGAUGGGUUGAAAAUUCUCAAUUCCCCCUGUAUACGUGCCUGAUGUGGUAGAUGGACAUUUUCUCCUGACAUGAUCAUUAGUAGAGCCCGGUAUUCAUGAAACAGAUACUUCAAAGGUGAAACUUUUAUUUUACAUUUUGUUGCAUGUUUGGGUUUAUUUGAAUUUUUUCAACAUUUUUUUGUUGCAUUUUUCUGUGCAUAUUUGUAUAUCAUACUGUGGUCAGUAUUACUGUAACGGUAGCGGAUUUGAUUCGUCUCCUAGCCUUCUAGGGGUAGGGGGGUAAUAUCCUUUUAGUUCGAAAAUAGAGGAAAAAAUAUGUAUCCAAUAAUAAAAUUUGUAGGCCGUAAUUAUAAUUUAUAAACACUGAACUUCUUAACAAUUUUUGGUUUUUUAUUUUUCAUAAAUGUUUAGUAAAUUAUUUUAAAUUUAUUGUACAUUUAAAUUUCAGUAGGUGUACUUAAUAAAACAUUGCAUUAAAAAAAUUAAUUUAUAUGUCAAUUUUUAAGGGCUCUAUUGUGGUAAAAUACAUUUUUUAUAGUCAGUUUUAGCAAUUUUUAGAGCAUUUAAAUCCGGGCCCUAUUUUUAAGAGACAUUUUCUCUCCGUGUAUAUUAUGUAUGUAUAUUUUACACUCAAUUGUUUGUGAACUGUUUAAAUUCUGCAACUUAAUAUUGUCUAUCUUAUAAAUCAUUAAGAUAAUCAUGGUAAAAUAACAUGGUAUGAUGGCAACGUUCUGAAAUAUUGUCAAGGCUUGCGCACAUCAUUGUAUCUAGUUUGCCUCAUAAUACACUAUAUAUUUAUAUUAGUCAUGGCAAACCCAAUGAAAAGCUGUAAACUUGAUACUAAUGAAAUGCAGGAUAACGAGUGUUAUUAAAUAAUUAAAUUAAUUAAAUUGCCAGCAUACCAUGUCACUUUAAUAUGAAGAUAACCACCGAUGACAGUUGGGAUAUUUUAUAUACAUAAGCAUGCGCAGACUACCGGCAGGUAGUAUUAACACACACACACACACCCAUUAUAUCUAAGUUAUAAAAUCGAAUUUGGAUGGGUUAAUUUUUUCCCUGUAUUAUUGCAUAUGAUAGUAAAUAAUGUCGAACAUUAUCAUGAUAAUAUUGAUAAUAUUAUGUCAUUUUUAAAACUUAGAGAGAAAAUGUCUUACAUUCACCUGGUAAAACCUAACCAUAUUUCAAUAUUUGUCUUCCUUGAGUGGUGUUAUUGUACAUUGUUAACAAUAUUCUUAAUAUUAUAAUAUUUAUGUAUCAGCGUUGAUAAUGUCAUUAAGUAUUAUUAUUUUAUUAUUGUUAGAAAAAUAUUAAAAUUUAACUUUAAGAAAUUUGGUUGUAUUUAUAAUUUUCACUCUUACAAGUUUUAUUUAAAACAUAAUUGUGUUAUUUAUUUACUAAUCAAAGUUAUAAAAAUAAAAUGUAUAUUUAACAAAACGA